UUUGCUUUAUUAUAUGGAGCAGAGCAGUUCGAUGAUAACAGAUGAGCGGGACCACGGCUGACAACAGGAGGGUUUCAAAUCAGUCAGGGAUUACUUACAUUAGCCUACAGGUCACCGAGAAGCUCACCAGCAGAUGCAGUAGACGGCUGGCGCCAUGGCAUCAGAUGCAAGUCACAUGUUAGAAGCAGCCUUGGAACAAAUGGAUGAUAUUAUUGCGGGUUCCAAGGCUGCGGUGGAGUUCAGUAACGGGCUGUAUGAUCUGGGCUCUCCUGUGAGCGUCGGGCCGCUGCCGGUUCUCCAGCUGGCUGAGGAGCUGAGGCUGGCUCUGGAGCUGCAGGCCGGGGACGAGGGACGAAACUCACUGCGCUCCCAGCUGCCCUGCACCACCGCGCAGGCUCUCAUGGAGUGGCUGGAGAAAGGAUCGGUUAACCUCCAGUGCCCAAGCAACAAUGAGACCUAUCAAGAGCGGCUGGUGAGAUUAGAAGGGGACAAAGAGUCUCUGGUUCUCCAGGUGAGUGUUCUCACUGACCAGGUGGAAGCUCAAGGAGAAAAGAUCAGAGAUCUGGAAAGUUCCCUGGAAGAACAUCAUCACAAACUCAUUUCUACUGAGGAAAUGCUCCAACAGGAGCUCUUCAGCAGAACCUCACUGGAGACACAGAAACUGGAACUCAUGGAUGAAGUUUCCUAUCUGAAACUCAAGCUAGUCGGCAUGGAGGAGGAACACAACCACAUAGAUGAACAGCAGAAACAUCAUAAAGCCGAGAGUGUGGUUAAUCUAAUUAGUGAACUACAGGAGCAGAUGUGUAAAUUCCAGGAGGAAAUCAGCAAUCGCAUUCAGGAGCAGCGGGCCCUGGAGAGCCUAGGGGACAGUGGCACACGCGAGGCUCUCGACCAGAGCCCCGAUGUGGGCCUUGGUGCCUCGGAUGCUGAGGAAUGCAGCUGCCGCUGUAGAAGCGGAGGAGAGAAUGCGUUGCUACAAGAGCUUCACCUUCUUAAGAGCAAAGUUGAAGAACUGGAGGGGGAGAAAUCACAAUAUGAGAGGAAGCUCAAAGCCACUAAGACUGAGAUUGCCAAACUCCAGCAGCUGCUUGCUACAAAGGAUGCUGAAAUCGAGUGUCUACAGAAUCAGCUCCUGUCCCGAGGAACCAUCACCAAUGACGUCACAGAAAGAGAGGAAGUGUAUAAGAGAAAGCUGAGAGACAAACAUCAAGAGCUGCAGAGGUUAAAAACUGGAAUGGAGAUAUUAAUAGCUGCCAAUAAUCAAAAGGAUCGACACAUAGAGGAACUCAAUCUUCUGUUGGGCCAGUACAGGAAAUUGAAGGACGGCUUGGCCCUUCCUCAAGGGGCCAACGAUGCGUUGCUGUCUGGCAGCAGUGAAGAGGAUCUUAGCGGCAAUCGAAAAAUAAGAGCCUUGACGCAUAAAGCAUACACCGACAUUGUCAGAUCAGAGCUACAGAUGUCUUCCCGAGGCCCGUCGCCACUCCUGGUCUCUCCUCCGUGUUUACAGAGGGAACUGGACUCCAGCUGUCGCAGUAUACAGCCCUCCAUGGAGACCUCGGUGGUAUCCAUUGGCGACUUGGGCUUUUACAGCAAACAAUGGUCAAUGCCACGGAUGCUGUCCACCAGCUUGGAAGAACUCCAGAGUGGAAGCUUACAGAUGCAUGUAGUGGGCCAACCAGUAGAGGCUGUUUUAGAGAACCGAUAUAAUCCCGAAAAUAACAAAUACCAGACGCUUCCGGGCAAGUUUAGCCGUCCAGAGCAGAACGGCGUUAGACUGCAGCCGUCUUCCCCGCUGCAGCUGUCGCCUGAUGAAAGCGAAGACAGCGAAUUCAAUCUGAAUCGCUGCCGAAGCGCCAGCGCUCCAGCUUUAGGGCCACGGGGAAAGCAUGAUCAGUUUGCGAUUGGAAAGGUGGAGAAGACGGAUGACUCGACCUUGUCUGACCUUUCACCGAUGUCGUCUGGAGUAGAAUCAGGCCAGCAGUCUCCUGUUUCACCAGAGCACAAGAAGAACCAGAAAGGCAUUCGCAAACUGUGGGGAAAGAUCAGGAGAACACAGUCAGGCAGUCUUCCUGCAGACAGUUCUGAUUCGGACUUUAAGCGAGGGGGUUUCAGGGCCACGGCCGGCCCUCGACUCACCUGCCUGGGCACCGGUGCCUCUGCACGUGACGCGAACGCCCCUUUCUCGAAAUGGUCAUGUGAUCAGGUGUGUGCAUGGAUGGAGGACUUUGGUUUGGGUCAUUACGUGAAUUUGGCCAGACAGUGGGUCACUAGCGGUCAGACUCUGCUCUCUGCAUCCUCGCAGGACUUCGAGAAGGAGCUGGGAAUCAAACAUCCGCUACACAGGAAGAAGCUCCAGCUGGCUCUGCGCUCAUUCAGCACCAAAAUCACAGAGAAAUCCUCUGAACUGGACCACGUCUCGGUCACACGGUGGCUGGACGAUAUUGGUUUACCGCAGUACAAAGACCAGUUCAAUGAAGGACGUGUGGACGGUAGAAUGCUGCAGUACUUGACAGUGAAUGAUCUGCUGUUCCUGAAAGUCACCAGUCAGCUGCAUCAUCUCAGCAUCAAGUGUGCUAUCCACGUCUUGCAUGUAAACAAGUUCAACCCCAACUGCCUCAAAAGAAGACCUGGAGAUGAGAAUAAGACGUCGCCUUCUGAGGUUGUUCAGUGGUCCAAUCACCGUGUGAUGGAGUGGCUCAGAUCAGUUGACCUGGCAGAAUACGCUCCCAACCUGAGAGGCAGCGGAGUGCAUGGAGGACUCAUAAUCUUGGAACCUCGCUUUAACUCGGACACGCUGGCGAUGCUCUUGAACAUCCCUCCUCAGAAGACUCUGUUGAGGAGGCAUCUGGCCACUAACUUCAACAUGCUGGUAGGCUCUCAGGCUCAGCAGGAGAAACAAGAGUACCUGGAAUCAUCAGGCUACACGCCGCUGACCACCACCGCUAAAGUCCGGCCACGUAAGAUAGGUUUCUCCAGCUUUGGUCACCGUAAGAAGCGCUCUGACGACUCCACAGACUACAUCUGCCCUCUAGAUGCUUCCCAAGCCCAGGCCCUGCUCAAUGGGGCCAGCCGGCCCUACAGCGGCUUCAGGGGCCUGAGCCCGAUCUUCGACAGGGACCCAGAGAGACGGGUGCAGCUGUUGCACACUAAAGGAUCAGGGUUGCAGAUUGAGGCCUUAUCCAGGGGAAUUAACAACCUCACAUACUUACUCAGCCGAGACGAGCUGCUGAGAGGAAUGAGACGCAGCCAGACGGCUGUAGUGUGAUCAACCUCCAGCGUACCUCAGUCUAACCCACCUCACCCUCAGCUUCAGGACCUGACACAAUCCUGCCUAAUCCAGCUCAAGAACACGGCUCUGCUUUUUCUGUUAUUGUAUUACUCAUUAUUUUUGAUGUGUUGUACAGGAAUCAGAUCUGCGUUAGAGAAAAAAUCUAUUUUGUGUAAAUGAUUAUGUGGACAGCACUUUUCAAAAGCCUUUCUGUCAAUAGUUAAAGUCGUCUACCUCAACCGUUGUGUUUUUCUUAAAAUAUCGUAUGCCGGUAGAACUGGACGUGAGUAAAUGCUUCUGUUUGCCCAACGCUUAGUCAUUUUCUUAGGCUUGUUUUACCUAAUGUUUCUUCAAAACUAUGUCAUGUGUUAAAAGCAGUUUGUUUUUGGAGAAGAUACGGUUGUUUGCUCGCUAUACCUCCAAGAGUUAUAAAGGGUUUGUUGUGGUGCUAGGUGUGACGGCUUGUCCAGUCCGUCUCAUGACCCAGCUGACAAACUCUGGGAAGUCCUUGUAUGACGACUAAGCUUUAAAUGAGCACACUUAUCUUAAUAGGACUCCA